UUCCUUCCGAACCAGCCCCAAGCGGCCGACACUCCUUUUCUACACUCCUUUCCUUCUCUCCGAGGUUUCUUUCCUUCUUGAACACAGCCUCUCUUUUUUGCAAGAGAAUCAGGGGCUGGUCCCUUUGAUCUGAUAAGAGUUCACUACUAGUCACUCCUUUAUAUCUUCCAAUCCUACAAGAUGAGAGGACUCAGCAAUGGUGGUGGAGGCGGGGUGGACAUGAUCCUCAAGAUCGCCCCCAUCGCCUGCUCUUUCUUUGCCUUUCUGUUCAUGGCCAUCGCCCUGUCCUCGGGCAUGAAGCCGGACUACCUCGAGGGGAUCAGCAUCAUUCACGCUCAGGCCCUACUAACACCCCGGCCCUCCUUUGCCAGUUCAACAUGUCCACACUCGGCAAGAACCUCAUCAAGGCGCCCGAUGUCGCCGAGGCGGCCAAGGGGGGCUGCAACAAGGCCGGCAACGGCAUCAGCAACGCGGCCGACAAGAUCGGCGACGGCCUGGGCAAGGUGGGCGGCCUGUUCGGCGCGGAGGACAAGGUCGACGACGCGAUCGACAGCGCGGGCGACACGGUCGGCGGCGCGGCCGAGGACGCGUGCAACAAGGGCGCCGAGGUGGCCAACCAGGCGGUGCAGCUGACCGCCGACGCGGUCGACAAGGUCGCGGGCAGCAUCGCCAAGGCGCUGGGGAUCAGGGAGUACUACUCGCUGCACAUCGGCGCGCUCUGCGAGGGCGACUACGACCCGCUGUUCAGCGACCCCAAGGCCGAGCCGGACGUGGACAAGUGCUCGCCCAAGUUCCGCGCGAACAAGACCGACCUGAGCAAGAAGCUCGACGAGGAGCUGCAGGUCGGGCCCUUCAAGUUCAAGCUCAGCGACCUGGACCUCGUCGAGGCGAUCCAGAAGGCCUUCGACCUCAUCCCGCGCGCGCUCGCCGCCAUGGGCGUCUUCUUCCUGCUGGCGACGCUCGCCACCCUUGCGGGCUUCCUGCUCUCGCUGGUUGUGUUCGCCACCACGUUCGCCAUGCGCGGCGCGCAGAAGGUGGCGGUGCUGGGCGCGCUGGCGCUCACGGGGCUCGGCUGGUUCCUCUUGCUCAUCGGCGUCGUCGGCAUCACGGUCGUGGCGGAGAAGGUUAAGAAGGCGGUCAACGAGCACGGCGACAAGUUCGGCAUGUCGGCCGGCACCAGCGCGGGGCUGUACUUCCUCAUCUGGGCGUCGCUCGUGUUCUCGACCUUUGCGCUGGCGACGCUGGUCUUCCUCUGGCUGCGCCGGCCGUGGGAGGAGGAUGCGGAGGAGGGGGCGGCGUAUGCAGAGAAGAAUCAAUCUGUGAGCACCAUGCAGGACGACCAUGGGUUCUAUCAGGAGCCGAUCAAUGGCGGGCCGGGGCCGGCACAGGAGCAGAUGUACGGCGGCCAGCCUCAAGGCGGGAGGUAUUAAAGGAAAGGGGUGGAGGCUGGUGUAAGCGGAGUCGGAGCCGGAGCCUGACUGACUGACGUUCGUUCCCUCAUCGACACCCCUUUACCGUAUGAUCUUCCGUUAUGACAUGCCCUUCGCU